UCCCACAGCUGGACCUCCUCGAUGCCACAAUGACAGACUUCGAGUGGCCUUGGCAAUAUAAUUUUCCUCCCUUUUUUACACUUCAACCCAAUUCAGAUGUGAGGAAGAUCCAGCUGGAUGCCUGGUGUGCACUUGUCCUAAGUUGGGGGAAGAGCAACAACGUCAGUCAAAUUGAUGUGACGGAGGCCUCUAGCUUGCCUGUCUUCAGGAACUCUGCCAUCAGCCGUGCUCUACCAGCUGAUGCCAUUGCAGUUGUCUUAGAAGAGCUUGCAAAGCGAGGAAAUCUUGAGUGGACAGAUAAAUCGAAAAGGAGGGGUUACCUAUUCUGGAGAAGUCCUACAGAAUGGGGACAACAGAUCUACACAUGGGCACAAUCUACAAGCCGUAUCAACACAGUCAGCACACUGUAUGAAAUCAACCAAGGGGAUGAAACUGCUAGUGAAGAAUUCCAUGGCUUGGACAUCGAUGUAUUAAUGAAAGCGCUCAAGGCUUUAGAAGCAUCUGGGAAAGUAGAAAUAAUGGACUUUGGUGACAAUCAAGGUGUCAAAUUCCUCUGAGUUAUUAUUUGUUUAAAUGCAUCCUAUCUGCAAGAUCCAGAACCAGUGUCAUGAAAGAUAAUGUUUUGCAAUGUGUUCUUUCUUAUUUUAAUUGAAUUUGUCCAGGAAUAUACUAAGGCUUUGUAUAGUCUGACUCAGUGAUCUUUCUAUUGUUUAAUUUUCCAUUAUACAGGUAUUCCGGAUUCUGAUAGUCAGUUAAAAGUGAACAUAGGAUGCACAAGCUUUUUACAAUCAUGGUUUUGUAUGAUUAUUCAAUGUUUAUAAAGAGUUUGAAGUAUAAAGCCUCAUGCUACUUACAUAGAGGGUCACAUUGUUAUGAGAAAGUUGAUACGAUACAGUAACAAUGAAUAACAUGUGUAUAAUUCAUAAACAAGGCCUUAUUUUAUUUGACUUUCAAAGUGUCGUUAUAUAGUUGUGUUAGAAUAUGAAUUUUAUUAGAGACAAUGAAUAACUGCUUUCACUUGUCAGUCUCAAUAGGUCCUCUAAUAUAUACAGACAGUAAUAUGAAAUACUACAUGAAGCUCAGCUAAAUAUUAUGGUUACAGUAAUGGUGAAAAGCACAGCAAAAUCUGUGUAACGUAGCAUUAGACAUGCCACAAGCCGUCCCAGUAGGAAAAUGUAGUGUUUUUGAUUUAACACUGAACGGAUCUGGUAUAAGAAUAGUAAGCUUGAAAUGAUAAUUGCAGAUACAAAGGAUAAUGUUAAUCAAAUCCCAAAAUGACAAUAGAUUAAUCUAAAAAAAAAAGGUGAUUAAAAAAAAAAAUAGAUAAUUGUUUUGAAGGCCUUGAUUGUCUCCUGAUGGAUUUUACUUAGGAUAUAUUCAGGGAGCAUUUCUGAUGCAAGAAACAGUGUCUAGAUAGAGUCUAAGGUAUCAGUGAUUGUUCUCACAUGCAUUUGUAGGUGUAACGGCAAAGAUUGUGUGCUUAUAUUGUACAUGUAUUAAAUAUAGUGUAAAAGUAUGAUACAUUGUUAUACUUACUUUAUGGUUGUCCAAGUUUUGAAUAUGGAAGUUUGGAUGUAAGAUUUAUUUGAUAAUUAUUGGAAUAGGAAAGAAAGGAACUCAAAAAAAGGAAUAUUUUUAUUGCUGCUUAAUUUUUCUUAAUGGGGCAAAAUUCAUUUAAUAGUAGAUUAUUCAUUGGUCAGCAUUUAACAUAAUGCUUAAUGAAAGAAACUGCAUUUCGAAAUUUUCCUGAUCAAUUGGGUAAAGAUAAACUUAUAGCUUAGUAAAAUUACAGUUGAUAUAUUUCCGACUUGGAAUAAAUGAUAAUCAAUAAUUUAAUGAUAAUGAUUAAUCAAAUAAGUAUAGAAUAAUUGUAAUCUGCUAGUCAUUGUGGGCAAUAAAUGAUUCAACAAAAUUUGCCUUCCAGAUCAGACAAGGCAUAUUUUAUUUGCGAAAAUUUUAAAUGUACAACUACACAAUGUAUUUCAUGCUUCCAGUUUUCAAUUAAAAUGUAAGCGAGAAGGAAAAAAAAUGGGAAGCAAUGAAGUAAAAUGUAUUUACUAAAAACGUAUUGUAUAAUACUGCUCUUUUAUAUUAUCCUUUUUAAGUAUAAUAUACCUUUAC